AAGCGAUUUAAUAAAAAAUGGGCAUUGCAUUGGACCCUUCCUCCUAGCCGCAGAAUGGCUGGACAGUGUCUAAUGCAAGAGAUUGCCCUGUAUGAACUAUUUUUUUUCUCCCUGUUGAAGACAGGAUCGUUUGGUCUCUCAGCCCGGAUGGAAAUUUUUUUCUCCAAAACAGCCUGGAACCUCAUUAGGCAGACCUAUCCUAAGGUCGACUAUGCAGGCAUCGUUCGGAAGAAAUUGAAUAUCCCCAACCCAAGCCACAGUAUUAUCGCCUGGAUGGCCCUCAACUCUGGGCUUCAGCAGAUCGAGUUAGCAGAUUUUAUCCCAACCAACACCGUGACUCUUUGUGGCCUGUGCAUGCUUGAAGAUGAAAGUGCCGAACAUCUCUUCAGUGCAGCUAUGCAGGGUGGGUUUUUUCUCAGCUCAGUUCGAAAUGUAGAUAUGAUCAGCCUGCAACCAACCUUCAUGAUGUUUGCCAAUGGAUUAUAAAAUAUAAAAACUCAGAAUUAGGCCUUUACUGGCCUGAUCCUAAAGCUCUGCUUUACUGCAGUCAUAUACUAUGGGCGUGAGAGAAAUUCCAGGCGCCAUGAAGGGAAUCCAAGCUGUAAGCAGAACGUAGUUUUGGAGAAUUGUAAGGGAAAAGUAAAACUGAGACUGCAUUUGGUUUCCUCUCAGAUUAAACUGAGAGUUAUGGA